UCAAAGAUGGCGUCCUCCGCCUCUGCUCGGGCAUCAGCGGGGAAGAGAGGAGUGAAUCAGGAUGAACUCCGGCGGUUAAUGAAGGAGAAGCAGCGUUUGAGCACCAAUCGGAAACGGAUAGAAUCUCCAUUCGCCAAGUACAACCGUUUGGGGCAUCUGAGUUGUGCCCUUUGUAACGCGCCGGUUAAGAACGAGCUCCUGUGGCAGACGCACGUCCUGGGAAAGCAACAUCGGGAGAAACUGGCCGAGUUGAAAGGCGCAAAGGAAGCCAUCCAAGGUCGCUCCGCUAGCGCAAGGCCUCAGUACGUCAAGAGGAAGGCUCCCGACGCAGACAGCCAAGAUGCCAAAAAAGCAAAGGCCUGUCCGGUGCCCCAGGUACAGCCCUCCACAUCCGGUUUGUCCAACUUUGACAAAGCGGGAAAGGACUCCACAAAAGCGACCCUCAACAAGCCUUCGGCUCUGGGUUUACUCCCUGAUUAUGAUGAGGAGGAGGAAGAAGAGGAGGAGGGAGGAGAAGGAAAAAAGGGGGAAGCGAGCAAAUUGCCAACCGAUCCACAGGGCAAGGAACACUCAGUUUCCUCGCGCGAGGCAACAAAUAAUAAACUGCCAAGCGACUUCUUGGAUACAAAUCCUCCUAAGGCCCCUUUAAUUCCUCACUCGGGGUCAAUAGAGAAAGCAGAAAUACACGAAAAAAUCGUGGAGAGGAAAGAAAACACCGCGGAAGCAUUGCCGGAAGGUUUUUUUGAUGACCCUGAGAUAGAUGCGAGGGUACGAAAGGUUGAUGCCCCCAAGGAUCAGAUGGACAAAGAGUGGGACGAAUUUCAGAAAGCUAUGAGACAAGUCAACACUAUCUCCGAAGCCAUAGUUGCUGAAGAAGAUGAGGAGGGACGGUUGGACCGGCAGAUUGGGGAGAUUGAUGAGCAGAUAGAGUGUUACCGGCGAGUUGAAAAGCUGCGGAAUCGUCAGGAUGAAAUAAAAAAUAAACUUAAAGAGGUUCUAACCAUUAAAGAACUGCAGAAAAAGGAAGAGGAGAAUGUUGACAGUGAUGAUGAGGGAGAACUACAGGAUUUGUUGUCUCAGGAUUGGCGGGUGAAAGGGGCUUUGUUAUAGUGUUAAAAAAGUGUUCUCUUAAUAUGAUUACUACAUACCUGGCAUUUGUUAACCUAUCUGGGUUGUUGAAAUACAAUGAGCCUGUAAGGGACUGCAGUUUGGAAAUUUCUGAGGUAAUGUUUUGGAAAUUUUUGAAAUCUUAUAUACUGAAACACCAAUUUUUUGUUUUUUACAUAUUUACAGAUUUGAGUGUAUAAUUUUGAGUUGUAAAGUUUGCAAGCUAUAAAUGUUGUACAAAGUUAAAUAUAUAUUUACUUAAGUAAGUUUGUUUUGAAAUUUAUUAUAUAUACAUAGAAGUCAGACCAAGAGACAAGCUUUUUAGAUGAAUACCAAGUGUACUGUGGGGAUAUUUAUGGCUUUUUCCUUUUCAGAAUGUCCUAGAUCAAACCCAAAGGGUUUGAGAUACUUUUUGUGGGUUGGGGUUUUGUUAAGGGCACUUCUCAUAAGCAUCUAAGUCAGUCUGAGCUAAUCAGCUAGGUAACUGGGUAUUUGGUUUCAAAAACAGGCUUUCUGGGGGGAAAAAAGAUGUGCAAAUAUGACUGGCUUCCUUACUCCAGAGUUUCUCUUGGUUAAACUGGUGAUUCUCAGGUAUAGGUGCUAAUGGAGAUCACCUAUGAAACAUUCAAAAAUGUCCACCUGAAAUCACUUAAGAAUCUUUUAAGAAAAUGAGCCCUGUCAAUAGAAAGAUUCAGUAAAUCUGUAGUUGUCCCUAGGCAUCUGUAUUUUGAAAGCUUCCCAGGUUAUUCUAAUAUGUAUGUAUCAAAGUUGAGGAGCUGCUGCCCUAAAUCCAUUUGGUAUUUUUCAUGUUUUUUGUCUUUAAAUUAUAUACUCCAUAUGCUUAUUGUCUGUCUUGUAUAAAAUAUACUUUUAUUUAUCCCAGCCAGUCAAGUUUUACAACAUUCUAUGGUAAGUUAGGGGUUUAUAGUUACAAGUUCUACUUAUUGUAGGAAGGUUAAGUUUUCUGUUCUCAGCAGUAACGACUGACGUGUGCCCAUCCUUUGUCAUUUUAAGUCACUACUUCUCCCUUGGAAAUAGAGGUAUCCAAAAAGGAAAAAGGAGAGCAAAGUGUUUAAGGGGUAGAAAUGCAUACAGCAUAUUCAAAUAAAAGUGAUCAGUAGUAAUAGCUGAAACUUAAAAGUAGUUCUUACAGUAUAGGCAGGUAGGGUUCUAAGUGUUUUAUGGAAAUUGAGUCCAGUUUCUCUAAAGCUCAGGUUUUAUGCAGGAGAGACACAAAGUAUGUAAAAGCCUUGAUUGCUAGAUGAAAGAAUUCCUGAAGGCAAUGUGAGAAAAAUGUGAGAUUAAAUUACAUUAAAUAGAAUGGAAUGAACAAGAGAGGAGAAAAAAGUGGGGAGACUUAAUUGGAAACUUUUUUUUUAAAAGCCUGGUCACUUAUGGAUUAAGUAAGUAGAUAUGGAUUAAGAAAAAAUGAAUAAGCAAUGUCACAGAAAGAGCAAACAGUUUAGAAUGGAAGAAGAAAAACUGAAUUCCAAAAAAGAUGGAAUUCAAGGAGUUGGGGUUUUUAAUUGCCAAUAGACAAAAAGUCAUCUAAGACUUUGAGUGAUUGCCUAUUCUGCUCCUUUGGCACAAUGUCUUUUCCUUCCUGAUCUACCAUUGGAAAUAGUUACUCCGUUUGGUAAUGUAGAGGACAUUCCUUCCUCAAAUAUAUAAAUGCAUACUUUUUUUUUUAAUCAUUAUUUUAUUAUCUCAAAAUGUGAGAAGGUACGAAGGUAGGCUUGAAUGUGAGCCCAGUUUUACAAUGGCCUAAGAUGCUACGCUAAUGAUCUCAAGGAGCACUGUUCAUUUAAAAUACAGUGCAAGCCAGCCCUCCUUGGUGGCGCAGCGGGUUAAAACACAGCACUG